UGUAGCAGUUGUAGUGUUGGAGUCCAUCAACAGAUACAUUGAACCUUGGUAGACUCACACAGGAAUACUCUCCCGGCAGCCACUAGAUUUUCAGUUCUUUGUUGACGUCUGCUUUUAUGGCUGAAAGGAUAUGACAAACUCGACGGGAUAUUUCAAGGAGAACCAUGCUGAAACCUGUGAUUUUAAUAUUGUUCCUCGCUGUGUUUGCCUGUGGUUUUCCUGAACAAGGAAUAUGGCACCUUACCACCAGACCGGGUCUUGAGUAUGUCGGUGUCAAGAAGAGUUUGUUCAAAGGCAGUCGUAUCAACAUAAAAGUCAUGUGUCAUCUUAUGGACCAGAGUAAGCCUUUGGACAUAAGUAUCUCAUGGAUGUUAAGGAAGACCCCUUGUUGGAAUGAGUACAUCUUCAGUGAGAGUACUGAAAAUGAUUUUUUUCAAAGUUAUUAUAAAGAUCCAGAUAUUGCACCUAAAACUUCCAAUGGUUCCAAGUAUGAAGUUGGCUAUGUGAAGACCAUUCCAGAGCAAUUUCCUUGUGACCAAACUAUAGUCUUGAGUGAAGUUGACAUUGAGAAUGGGAUGAUAAUGAAAGCUGACUCUGAGGCAUUAAAAGCUCAGUUAAAUAAGGAAAUGAAUGCAGAAGAGGAAAAAUCAACUCCAGUGACAACAGUGGAUUCUACCAUUUUAUCCAAAUCAAAAAUCAGUCCUGAAGGUUCUCCCCGAACAAAAAAUCCUGUUGCUGUUGUACCAUAUGAUGGUGUUUAUCUUCUUGUUGUUCACACAACAGCUCAGUCAAAUCCUGCAGAAAAUUUGUCUUAUGUUGCCUAUAUUGAUAUUGAAAUGCAGAGUGAUUAUGGAUAUCUAUCAGCUGUUGACUGGCCACUUCUUGGAUUCUAUGCUGCAAUGUGUGUUGUGUAUUUGGUGUAUGGUAUAGCCUGGCUCAUCAUGUCUGCCAUACGAUGGCAGGAGCUGCUGAGGGUUCAGUAUUGGAUUGGUGCAGUUAUCUUCUUAGGAAUGAAAGAUUUGAAAUUGAGCCUCAAGUAG